CUCAUCACAGGACGGCUGAAGCUACAGAAAUCAGUAUCAGCAUCUGCAUCAUCUCAUUGCCUUCGCCAUGAAGACGCUGACUGUGUCUGCACUUGUUUGUGCCAUGAUUGCUCUGACUCGAGCUGCUGCUCUUCCAGAGGGAAAGCCGGAAAACAACCAAACAGCAAAGAGCGAUCUGGUGAAGAGAGGAGUGUAUUGUUCCUACGGUUGGACUGAGCGCAGCGGUCGCUGUUUCCGCUACAUUCCAAGACCGAUGACUUGGGCUGAAGCUGAGAAAAACUGUCUGUCCCUGGGUGGAAACCUUGCAUCCGUCCACAGCUUCCUGGAGUACCAUGAGAUUCAGUGGAUCAUCGUGAGCAGCAGUCAUGAGUCUAAAUCAACCUGGAUUGGAGGCUCUGAUGCACAAGAGGACAAGAAAUGGUUCUGGAGUGACGGUACUCUUUUCAGCUACUCAAACUGGUGUGCUGGAGAGCCUAACAACCAGAACGGCAAGCAGCAUUGUCUGCAGAUGAAUUAUGGAGCUGGGAAGUGCUGGGACGACGUAGAGUGCAGCUAUAAAAUACCGUCUGUGUGUGUCAAGAGAGUCUGAUUGGUGGACUGACAGCGAGGCAUGCAGUACCCGUAACACAGAGGGAGUCCUGUUGUGUGCAUGAUCGCAAAUACAUCUGACUGUAUUUCAUAUCUAUAGCUUUCUUUUCUAUCGCUGUAACGCUACUUAAAGAACGAUACGACAAGUGACAUCAACAGGAGCUGGACUGUCUUUGAGGCCUUGUGCCUUAAUAAGAGUGUUUUAUGGAGCGAAUCCUUUUAGCACAACAUAUAUUCUACACAUAUAACCCUUCUUUCUUUCUGCAUGAAUAAAAGACUCAAGCAU